GGUGAGAAGUAUACCUGAAACUGUGCGAAACAGCAUUUACAAUUCCGCUAUGGCACUCCAAAGAUUGCAAAUUCAACAUUGUCGAGUGUUUUCUAGUUUGAUCAAUAACCAAUUUAAUCUUCGACGAAAUCAGUCUGUUUUGGCAACACCUGACGAAAAUCCCAGGAUUUUAAUCACCGGUGGACUGGGUCAACUUGCAACUGGAUUGGCUAAAAUCCUACGUGAAAAGUAUGGCAAAGACAAUGUCAUCAUAUCCGACAUUCUUAAACCAUCGAAAGAAGAUUUUAAUCCGUGGACGAGCCAUGCUGUAUAAGAGCAUGCCAAGAUUGAUAGCCGUGCCAAUCAAAAUGCCUUGCGACAGACCGACAAAGACGCAAAAGGACGAACGUAAAGCCAAAAGGCACUAAAUCAAUUGCUGCGUUUCAACCAGUUGAAAUUAGUCCAACGUGUGGGGGAUUUCGAUCGUAGUAAAAAAUAAAUCGUUUCACUAACUUU